GUUAUACUCUCAACAUGCAAUGUGGCGUGAUUAGACUAAAACUUUGCAGAAUCUGGAUGAUAAUGUUUUUUUUUCCAUAAAAGGUUUUUGCUUAAAUCGCACCCACCAUAAAUACCCAUCUUCCUUCUUCUUUCUCUGCAUCAAUGAUAAUAACUUAAGUGUCGUUUUCACUGUCACAAAAACCUUCAAAGAGGUUCACCAUUGAGAGGAAAAGAGAAAAAACAAAAUAUUCUGAGGUUCUCUGUGAUUUUAACAUAUACCCAAAACACCAGCUUCAAAUAUUCACUACUAGCCUUGCUCCCUUGCCAGAAGCUAUAGCUUUUGCCAAAUAUACAGAUUACAGCCUAGCUUUCCAUUUCCUCCCCACUCGGCUUCGUCUACGCCUACCCCUACCCCCUCCAAAAAGAAAAUAAUAGAGAAACAGUUGUUACUUGCUCAUUAGUGAUCCCAGUAGCCGCAUAUCGGGUAAAAAAAGGUAUAGAAAGUAGUAGCGCAUUGUCCUUUACAUGAUUAGUAUAUAUACCAAGGUCUUUGGCAUUGGACUUUGAUCUAUUGUCCUCCUACAGUCUUCCCUCAAAACCUUCUUUUUUUUGGAAAAUUACGAUAUAACUCCAUAUAUAACAUAUACAUACAUACGUACAUACAUACAUACAUACCUGCAGGUUCACUCUUACACCAUGAAUCUAUCUUACCCCCUCUGCAAACAAGUUCAACCUCUCAUUAGUUUUCCUGGAGGACUUAACACAAACUCCUUGAACUUUCACAGCAGUUACAAGGACAAAGUGGUGGUUGUAAUGGGAGCAACAGGGACUGGGAAAUCCAGACUAUCCAUAGACUUAGCAACUCAUUUUCCAGCUGAAAUUAUAAAUUCAGAUAAAAUACAGGUUUAUAAAGGGCUGGAUAUAGUCACUAACAAAGUGACGGAAGAAGAGUGUCGAGGGGUGACCCAUCAUCUGUUAGGGAUAAUAGAUCCUGAUGUUGAUUAUAACGCAGCUCAUUUCCGACAUGAUGCCUUGAGUGCGAUAGAAUCCAUCAUCGAACAAGACAAACUCCCAAUAAUAGCAGGUGGAUCAAACUCAUUCAUUGAAUCACUAGUGAAUGAUGAUCCUUAUUUUGCAUCAAGGUAUGAUUGUUGUUUUCUCUGGGUUGAUGUAAACCUACACAUUCUCCGAAGCUUUGUAUCAAAACGGGUUGAUCAGAUGGUUAAAGCAGGUUUAAUAGAUGAAGUAAGGGGGAUUUUCGACCCCGAAGCCAAUUAUACUCACGGAAUACGACGUGCAAUUGGUGUUCCAGAAAUUGAUCGUUUCCUCAGGGCUGAAGGAAUUGUAGAUAAAGAAACAUUGGACACUCUCCUUCAAAUUGCCAUUGAUGAAGUCAAAGAAAAUACAUGCAAGCUAGCAAGUCGACAGCUUCAAAAGAUACAUCGCUUAAGAGAUUUUUGGGGGUGGAAUUUGCAUCAUAUUAAUGCUACAGAAGCAUUUCUAAAGCAGGGAGAAGAUGCUCAUGAAGCAUGGGACAGACUCGUUGUAGGUCCAAGUGCCAUGAUCGUGGCGCAGUUCCUUUACAGAUCAAGCAGCGUGCAAAGUAUUUCACAACCACCAGCCACAUCUGUUAUUGCAAGAACAGUACAAACUAUGCCAGCUAUGGCCACUGCCACACAUUAGACAACACAAGGUCAUGAAUCAUGAUAAUUGAUAAACAUACACCAUCCAUCAAUGCUUCUUCUUGUUGUGUGCCUCUAUAGAUUGGAAGAUUACCCCAUAAAACUCUGAAAAGGAAUGGAGCAAAACGAAACCAAAAAAGAAGGGAAUAUUGGUUUACGAGAAACAUUGCUAUCAGGCUGUAGAGAAACCAGUACAAGUGAUAUGAGUUUAGAAAUCAGAGUCUGACGGCUGCAACGGCGCACGCAAACAAAAUAUCCGUACAGUUAGGCUCAGUGAGGUAGUAGGCCUACCCCUUUGUAGCCUCCAAUUUAGCAUAUGAGGAAUAAUCCAAAUAAGACUUGUGGUUACCCACAAUCACUUGAAAGGAAGGCCUAAAAGUGUAGGAGCCCAUACAAAAAUGUAAUGGCGUUUUGGCUUUUUAAUAUGCCCGCCCCCUUGCAUUUUUUUUGUCUUUUCAUCUAUUUUUUUUUUUUUUUUCUUUUUUCUGGUAGGUUUGUCGUUUGCAUUUAUUCCUCAUUUUUAUCUGCAUAGGAACAGUUUCAGUGUGCCUCAAUGAGUUAUGAUACGUUUUGCUAUUACUCUCUUCUUUUUUUUAAUCGUUACAUUUUUCUAAAAUGAUUAUUUCUUUUUAACUUUUAUAUUGUUCAAACUUUUCUUAUUUUAGGUACUUACCCCGCCAAAAACUAAUACCAUUAUAUUUGUUUUUCUCUUUUUUAACGUUUUCACUUUCUUCCACUAUUUUACAUUAAAUGGGUCAAAAAGUAUCAUUUAGAAAACUUGAAGUAUCACGGCCUAAACUCUUGUGCAAAACACAAAGUCGAAUAUAAUAAGACAGAGAAAAACCGGUUUGUUUGUUGCCUAUUUUACUACAUUUUUUGUGGCCUAUUUAUAUUGUUGAACAACCAAAAAAUUAUUUUUGGUAGUGUCUUAUUGAC